AGUCAAAAACUAAAAAGUAAACUGUAAAUAUUCUAAUAGGCACCUUGAUUUGGAUCAACCAACAAUUUUGAAUAUUUCUAUUUUGUCAACUGAAUUAUAUACUCAUAUUAAUUUUACCGUCAGAACAUGAUGCUUAAAUUCAUUGGCCUUCUGUUUCUUAUAUUCUGCCUCAACAAGUCUGAGACAGCAGUCAUUCGGCGGCAUCAUCAUCUUAUUAACAAGAUCGUGGACUUAUUUAAUCAAACUGAAUAUGUGAAACUAGAAUACCAAAGGAUCCGUUUUAGUAGACGGGACUUUGACACCAACGAUGUCAACAUCACAUAUCUACCACAACUUUCAUUUGAUGUUGCUGACAAUGCACAGGAGGGAGAUUUGUUGUUUACUCACGUGGCCGACCUGAAUAUAUUCUAUGAUGUACUUCAAUACGUGAAGACCAAUGAAGCUGACGUCAACAAAAACUCCUUACAUAUUUUUGACACCCAGUUCCAAGAUAUAUGUAAUUCAAUCACGGCCGUCACAACUAAAAUGACUGACAUUAUUCAAAAUAAAGGUUUAAACGGAACACUGUUGAGGAAUCCGACGACCGUCCAGUAUACGUUUAUGCUCAGCAAAGCUGAAUUGCACAACUUUACAAUGGAACUCCUCAUCGAAUUAGAUAAAUAUGUAGUUCAAGCAUACACUCACGUGACCGCUUUGUACUAUGUCCUUACAGCAUAGGCAGUGAGUAUAUGCGUAGGCCUAUAUCUGCAAUCUGUAAAAAUAAAAUAGUUAUCAACGUAAAUGAAAAGAGCUACUAACGAUAUUUUAUAAAGAUACUAAUACUGUUAGUUUAGUUGUUUAUUUUAAUUUUGUUGAAUAUAAUUAAAUAAAAUAAUAUAAAAUACAUAACGCUUAUAAUAUAAAGAAGUUCAUUGUUAAAUUACAGCAUAGAACGAAUACAGAUGAGGGUUUGCCCAUGUAUGUUUAGCGUUAUGAACUUCUAUAUCUUUCUUCUAAACGAUUCAAUGCAAUGUACAUAGAGUUUAUACUUAUUUCUAUGCGCAAGUUUUUGACCAUUCCAUGUUUUGUCUUUGCAUAUUAAAAAUAUGCCUUUUGUAUGGUUAUUAAAUAACUAAUUUGUAGUUAAGCAUUUCAUGUAUAUAUAAAACACUAUAUAUACUAUUAUAUAUUAAGUUAUCAUUGCCAGUAUUCAUAAACACAUAUGCUGCAUUCUAUAUUAUAUGUCCAUAUUGUAAGUCCAUGUUUGUUAAUAAUGUAAUAUUUUUACUUAAAAAAUGUUUUUUCAGUUGUUUUAAUUGGUGCCUUAUAUACAAUUAUCUUUAUAUAUAUUCUAUAUAUAUAAUUAUAUAUAUA